UUUCCCUUGCGGUCUGAAGAUUAAUGGAAGGGGUCUGUUGAUCUUAGGAAUCGACUAUCAGAUGGUCGGUCCCAGGAAACCAUUGCACUUUACGCCUGGAUUUGGAAGCGAAUGGAGAGAGAUCCAUUUGAAAUAAGCAACAACAGGAAAAACGAAUAACCUGGACACCACUUUUGUUAUCCAGGUCUCAACUGAAACGGCCUGCCUACACAGAGAUAGCACCUGGUUAGCUCAGGCCAGGAUACGACUGCGAGCUAAUAGCUAACGCUAAAUUGCUCGCUAGAUAGAUAGACGGAAACGGCUUUCGACGAUCUGUCAGAUGGUACCGACUGGAUUUUGGAUACACCAAGCCCGUCUCUGGAAAUAAAUGACAGCCAAGUGACAUCUUGACUUGCCGGUGCUUGCCUGGAAAUUGAGGAGCAAACACUGCAAAGCUAACUGACCAUCUGUGCUAGUUAGCCUAGCCCAGCUAACUCAGAGCGUUAGCUGCAGACUUGGAUAUACCCGCUCGGUGGGAGUUUUCUGAACUCACUGAAGAGAAGUAUUAGGGGUAAUAUAUUUACAUACGGUUGUCAAUAAUGAUAGCUGUUAGCUAGUAGCUAGCUGUCAGCAUCAUUGAGCCAAGGGACUGCCUUAGUGGUGUAGCAUCACUCAACGACUUGUAAAGGAAAAUCAGUCCGAGCCCAGGGACUCCACCAUCAGCCUGCCAUCAUGGGCAACACGCCCACCGCGAAGAAGGGCAAUGAGAUGGAGAGCGUGAAGGAGUUUCUUGCCAAAGCCAAAGAAGAUUUCCUGAAGAAAUGGGAGAAUCCAGCACAGCAAACUGCGGCAUUGGACCACUUUGAGCGUUUGAAGACUUUAGGCACUGGUUCGUUUGGUCGAGUCAUGCUGGUUAAACACAAAGAGUCGGGCCAACAUUUUGCCAUGAAAAUACUCGAUAAACAGAAGGUAGUGAAGCUGAAGCAGAUAGAGCACACACUGAACGAGAAACGCAUCCUUCAAGCUGUCAGCUUUCCCUUUCUGGUGCGACUGGAGCAUUCUUUUAAGGACAACAGUAAUCUGUAUAUGAUAAUGGAGUAUGUACCCGGCGGCGAAAUGUUCUCACACUUAAGGAGAAUCGGUAGAUUCAGUGAACCACACGCCCGCUUCUACGCAGCCCAGAUUGUACUGACCUUUGAAUACCUUCACUCACUGGAUCUCAUCUACCGGGACCUUAAACCAGAGAACCUGCUCAUCGACCAGCAAGGUUACAUACAGGUAACAGAUUUUGGAUUCGCAAAAAGGGUGAAGGGCCGGACCUGGACGCUUUGCGGGACCCCAGAGUACCUGGCACCAGAGAUCAUCCUCAGUAAGGGUUACAAUAAAGCAGUGGACUGGUGGGCUCUGGGAGUGCUGAUAUAUGAGAUGGCCGCUGGUUACCCUCCCUUCUUCGCCGACCAGCCUAUUCAGAUUUACGAGAAGAUUGUAUCAGGGAAGGUUCGCUUUCCCUCCCACUUCAGCUCAGACCUAAGAGAUCUGUUGAGAAAUUUGCUGCAGGUGGACCUGACCAAGCGCUUUGGCAACCUCAGGAAUGGAGUCAAUGAUAUCAAGGGCCACAAGUGGUUUGCCACCACCGACUGGAUCGCCAUCUACCAGAGGAAGGUGGAAGCUCCCUUUAUUCCUAAGUGCAAAGGCCCCGGGGACACAAGCAACUUUGACGACUACGAGGAAGAGGAAAUCAGAGUCUCCUUCACAGAGAAGUGUGCAAAGGAGUUUGCAGAGUUCUAGUUUGCCACCAUGAGUAGCGGAGAGAGAGCGAGAGAGAGAUUUAGAGUGUAAAAGGGGGUCGGAAGGAAGGAAGCGCUAGGGUGGACUGCUAACUUGCUUAUUUGUAAUGACGACAACAAUGUAAACACCCCCCCCCCCCCCCCCGCCCCCCCUCCCCCACAGUGGAAAGGUAGGCAAAGCGAAGAAAAAUCCAACAGAACCAGCAGUGUUGCCUUUUCUGAUAGUUUCUCAACUGUUACCUAUUCAUUUUAUUUAUCCCUCUUGUGUUUGUGACAGGGGCUCGAGGAGAACAGGCAUAGUUUGUGGCUCUCCAGCUAUACUUGUAUCUUUCUGAUGGUGUAAUGACAUGUUUUCAGUCUUUGCAGGUUGAGGCAUUGAUUUUCUGUAAAGGUACUGAAUCUGCUAGGCUCCUUUUUUUUUUUUUUCUUUUCGAACGAGCUCUCUCUUACAAGCUUCUCAAAAAAGUGAUUGUUGUAUCUUGUCACCCUGGUCCCCCUAUCCUCCAUCUCUCCAUCCUGAAUCUGUCCAAGCAAUACCAAGUCCAACAGAUGUGCCUAUCAUAAUGCCAACUGGUUGGAAAACUGUGUCGAGAGCAUUGGUGCAGAGCUUUGGCUAUGGUGGCGUCACAGCCCUUGUGCCCGUUUGGUUUAAAGCUUGAAAAAAAAAAAAAAACCACUCUCUGCACCUGCCUUUGUCUGCUCGGUGUGGCAUGAUUAUUGGGUAGAUGAUGCGCUCACUGCUCGCUGUCGAAGCAGCGGCGACCUCUUUGAUCAGAGCGAAAAUGAUUUAUCACAGUAAACUUCAUCUAGGUCUUACUCCUUUUGGGGACCUGUGAGAAAUGGUAAACAUGAGAUUUGCAUUUAAGUCUGUCUUUCUCUUAGCUGAAUUUAUUAGAGCAUUUUAAGAAUCCUAUUGGUGAUCAUUUUGUCCUUUUAUGUCAAACUCUGUGCUUGUGUGUUAUUUAGUGCUCAAGGGUGGGUUAAAAAGCUGCAAUUUAGCAGCAAACUAACAUUGUGGUCACACUCCUGACUAUUGUUUAUUUAAUUCAUAGUACAUUUAUAUACAUACAUAUAUAUCAUAUACAUAUAUAUUUGUAUGUGUAUAUAGAUAUAUAUGAUAGAGAACAUGAAAUAUCCAUCUUUUUUGUCUCAUAGCUGUGAAACUGAAAUAAUUAAGAUUUCAUAAAUAAAUGAAUAUAAAUUCUGCCAAAUUUGCAAACUGAGAACAUUGCAAAGUUUUCUGUAUGUAACUAUGAUGGUGGUGGAUUUUAAUACGCAAAAAAAGUAGCAAAACAAAAUGUGCAUGUUAUUUUUGUACAAUAUCACUUUUAAAGAAAGAUGGCAGAGCAUUAUGCUUUAUUUGUGCUGAGGUACCUGAGAUCGUGGAUAACAUGCUUAACUAUUAAAACGGACACUCGGCUGCUCUAUUUUGAAGACGAAACAAGACCCAGGUCAGUGUGUUUUUCUGGGCUUUGUUCGUGAUUCAGUUGUAGGGCAAAAGUUUGAUGAUAAUUGUCACUGAACUUGUGCUUCUCACCUUGAUAAUUGUUUUUUUUUUUUUCCUUUCCCCUUUUCUCUUGUAUAUACUGUACAUGUAACACCUUCAGACAGAUUUGCAGUCCAACCAAAUUUUUUGGGACUGUUGAGAUUGGAGUGUUUUUGUUUCCGUUUUCCAGCUUUCUAUGUAACAAAUUAAACUAAGGAAGCGAUCCUAAAGCUGUCCCCUUUUGCCAAGUUUAUUUCUGUGGAUGCAAGACAAUCGCAGACCAAAUCUUAUUGCUGGUUUGUUGACUGAACACCUGGUUUGAUGAAGGAUGUUUGCUUUCGCCCCCCCUCUCCUCCAUAGGCCCUAGGUGCUAGACUUUGUUCAUCUCACUGAAAAAGCUUCUGUGAUUUGUUAGGUGUGCAUCGAUUUGUCAUAAAGUCUUGUAACAUGACAUUUUUGAGAAUGUUUUUUCGACUAUAAAUGAUUUCAGUAGGCUCGAGUGAUUAUUUUGGCUGUCUCUUAAUGUAAAUGAGAUCAAACACAGGAUACCUUUUGAAUGUUGUCUGAUGGAGAUGUUUCAAUGCUGUUUGGACACAUGAUGUGUAUUUUUUAUAAUACAUGUUUCUCUGGCGAGCUUUGGGUUUUUCUUGCAUGAGGUAAAGCAACCCAACGGCAAGACAUCUCCGGGACCUGAGACAUGUUUGAGAAAUCAUUGUUUUCGACAGCCGACAGUCUCAUCGCUC